AUGACUGAUAACGCUGAUCGCAAGAUCUGGCAACCCCUCCACCCCGCCAUCAGGGAUCGUCUGGACCCCCAGUACGUCGCCUACCAUGAGGCUCAUCUCCAGUACAUAGAGCCGGAGAAGCUGGGCGUCUGGGAUGGAUCUGCGAGGACCAAGAAGGUGUCUCUGCCGCCUGGAGGCACCAAGCCGGUUCCUGUAGGGGGCAUCGAUGAUUUUGAUGUCGGCAGAUUCCGGGUGAGGGUUUACACACCAACAGGGGAGUGUGAUGAGAGAGGUUGGCCUGUUCUUGUCUGGUUCCACGGCGGUGGCUGGGUUCUUGGUGGUUUGAAUAAUGGGACUGAUCUUUGCUCGUGGGUUUGUCAAGGCGCGCGCUGCAAGGUCGUGACCGUCGACUACGGUCUCGCCCCAGAGAACCCCUUUCCAAUUGCAGUCGAGGAUGCGAUUGAUUCUUUCAGAUGGGUUGCCUCAGAGCCAGCUGAGCUCGGAAAGAUCGACACUUUGCGCAUCUCCAUCGGCGGAACAUCGUCAGGGGGAAACAUAGCCCUCGCCGCAGGAAUUGCAGCCUCAAACCCUGGAGCUCCCCUUCCAACUGCUAAACCAUCACUCCCAAACACAGCAUCACACCCUCCGGCAUCACUGUUGCUUUUUAUUCCCGUGGUGGACAACACCGCCACCGCCGAGGAUGUCUGGAAGCCCAACGCCGAGACUGCCCCUUGGCUGACCCCUGAGCGGCUGUCGUGGUACCGCAAGCUCUACUUGCCCAGGGAUGAGGACUGCAAGAGCUGGGAUUCCAGCCCGAACUUUGCUUCCGAAUCACUGCUGAAGAAUCUCCCAAAGACGUGGAUUGCUGUGGCCGAGAUGGACAUCCUUGCUCCUGAGGCACUGGCUUUUGGGGAGCAACUGAAGGACUUGGGGGUUGAAGUUGAUACCCUAGUUGUGGAGGGAGCAACGCAUUCUAUCUUGUCGCUUCAUGGCAUAAUAGAUAGAGGUCGUGAGAUGAUUGGGAGUGCGGUCCAGCACCUUCAGGGGGUCUUUGGAACUUGA